AUGCACCUCUUCCACGCGGUUCUGCUACCUGGCAUCAUUGUCUUUGUAUCCAACGGGAUUUUGCUCCACGCCGGUGCGCUCCAUGAGGAUGAGAUGGGUGUCCUUGCUGGCCGCCAGCUCCGAUCUGCCAUCGGCAGACUAGGCGUAUCUUUGUUUGCAGAGGAAUUCGCGAACGAAAUUGGAAUUAUCAACGGACGCGCGACCGUCAUCCCCGACGAGGAGUAUGGCAAUCACUUUCGAAAUCAGGAUCCGCUAGAUGUGUUAUUUGGAGAACUUUUGGGCGAUGAGAAGUCUUUUAAAAGAUUAUCUAAAAAACGUGAUAUUUACACACGGAUGCUAGCUGCACACCAACAGCACGUGGCAGAAGUCAAUCUCCAGUACAGUAAUGUGUUUGAUUUCCUGGAGAAAACAUUUCGACCUUCGCUAAUACAACGCAUCGCUGACGAGCUCAAGAAAAACAAAGAUGCAGGAGCUAAAAGUUUUGCAGAGGCAAUUGAAGAUCGUUUAAAUCACGAGUAG